UUCGUCCAUAACGAAAUAUGGGUUUCCGUCUACCUGCUAUUCUUCGUGCUAAGCAAAUUCUUCAGAGGUCUCCUUCUGGAAACCAAACAGCUUCAGCAGCCAGGGAUGUGCCAAAAGGCUACCUUGCAGUCUAUGUAGGAGAAAAGCAGAAGAAGCGGCGAUUUGUGAUUCCAGUAUCAUAUUUGAACACACCUUCAUUUCAAGACUUAUUAAUCCAAGCUGAAGAAGAAUUUGGAUAUGAUCAUCCAAUGGGUGGUCUUACAAUUCCCUGCUGUGAAAGAAUGUUUAUUGAUGUCAUUUCUUGCUUAAAUUGUUCAUGAAGCGGAACAUUGAACACAAUUUUGUAAAGGGUGGAGUUACAAUGUACAAUGUACACAAAAAGCAUUAGCAUUAAUCAAUUAUUUUUCAUUCCUUCAAGACUGUUAUAGAUUUUGUUCUGCAAUUUUCUUUUGCAUGAAUUUCCUGCUGCAGUACAAAUACUUUUUGCUUCACCAGAAUAAGGAAUCGUUGUAAUUUUCCUACAUUGUCCACAAGCCCUUAAGAAUCUCUAGCAACCAUGCAAAUUCUUCAUUCAAUGCAAAAUAUUUCUGAUUC